UGCACUAUAUAUAUAGUGGUCUGGAGCUGCACCAUCCUUUCACAACAAAAUCCCCGUCUUCUGUGACUGGCUGGCUAGGUAGCUAGGUAACCGUGCGUGCAUGAGCGAGCAGGGCAAGAGGCCGACGACGACGAUGUCCGGCGGCGGGUCGGCGGCCGAGUCGCCGGCGAGCUCGUGCGUGUCGUCGGACGCGGAGGACGAGGUACAGCAGGCGGUGGCGCCGAAGCCGAUGGUGGUGGUGGGGUGCCCGCAGUGCCUCAUGUACGUGAUGGUGUCCGGGGAGGAGCAGCAGCCCAAGUGCCCGCGGUGCAAGAGCCCCGUGCUGCUGCACUUCCUCCGCGGCGGCAACGGCAAGCUGCCAGCCGGCCGGCAGUAACGCAUCACAUAUAUUAUUAGUAUUAUAUUAGCUAAUUAAGCUAGCUAGCAGCUAUAGCUCUUGUGUGUUUUAGUUAAUUAAUUGCUGCUGCCCUUUUCUAGUA